GAAAGCAGCAGGAGUGGAGAAGUGAACUUAAACAUUCCGCUGCCACCCCCCUGUUUUAGCAGGAGUGAGUUUUUGUCUCAGUUCAAAAGAGAGAAGCACGCUUUCGGACAACAGCUCUUUAUAACCAGAGGGGAGAAGUCCUACACUGGCGGUUGGAAAUGUUCGGAUGUCGAAAACUGUGCACUCUGUGGCCUCUGCUACUUCUCCAUGUCUCUGGAAGUGCAUUCAAAUUUGACAUAUUCAAAAGAAACCCUGAGUUGCGGGAAGGUGACGUGAGGCUCUCUGGCUCUCAGAGUGUUUCAGAGGGGCGUGUGGAAGUCUACCAUGAAGGGAAAUGGGGAACAGUGUGUGACGACGGCUGGGACAUGGCUGAGGCCCAGGUGGUGUGUCGUCAGCUACACUUCCCCAGGGCCAAAUCUGUUGUCAUUGGGAAGGACUACGGACAAGCGUCUGGACCUAUUUGGCUGGAUGAUAUGACAUGCAAAGGCACAGAGAACUAUCUGUCUGCUUGCGCUUUCAAAAGCUGGGGAGUAACUGACUGCUCCCACAAAGAGGAUGUUGGAGUUAUUUGUGAAACAGACGACGAAAACGUGACCAGGGUUGAUUCGACACAUUCGCUGGACCACAGCAUCGGCCUGUCUGAUGAUCUUGGCCAGAUCUUUGACAGCGGGAAUGGCUGCGACUUCCUGAUCUCAGUUCAGAGUGAAACUGGAAACAGGAAGGAGGACGGGACGCCGGAGGUGGUUGGGACAACGAUUUGUGCGCACAAAAUUAUCCUCUCACGAUUCCCACUCUUAAGUGUUUCAGAGGGGAAGACGAACGUCACAGUCAACGUCAGCCAAUCCUGCCAACCAUAUUUCACCUCCUUCAUCAGGUACAUAUACACCCGCAAGAUGGAUGUCACCUUCUCCUCUGUGCAGUGCCUCCACUGGAUGGCUUCAACGUUUGGGGUCAAGCAGCUAAUGGAGGACGCAGGCCGGCUGUUCUCUAAAAUCCUCCCAGAGGACGCCUCAUUUCACACCCAGGUGUCCCUUGCAGAAUAUGCAAAGGAAACUGGGGACUUUGUCCUCCAGGAGAGCUGUAUUCAGUAUAUGGCCUGGAACUACCAAAAUCUGACCAGGUCUCCUGCUUGGACCCGCCUUUCCGUCGAGCUCCUUGGAGCCCUGCUAGCCCGCUCAGACCUGGUGGUGCCAGAUGAAUAUUUUCUGCUCCAGACCUUGGAGAGCUGGAUCACAGAGAAGGGCAACUCGACCAGUUUGGAAACCCAGGUUGACCUGUUGAGCCGCAUUCGUUUCCCCAUGAUCCCCGCUGAGAAACUAUAUGAUCUGGAGUCCAGCUCUUCUCUCUACAGCACUCAUAAGGACAUGUAUCGUGAGAACAUGUUGAAAGCAUACCAGUUUAAUGUUCUGCUCUUUAGCAAUCAGUCCAACUCCGUGUACAAUACAGAAGGUGAUUAUUACCAGCCCAGAAUCUACACCGCUAAACCAUGGAGCACUGCUAUUGGGUCUUCAACGAAAACUCCAUUAAAUCCAGUCCCACCCCCCUAUAGUUCAUACGGAUAUUAUAGAAAUGGCUAUGACUAUCGUUAUCUUUAUCCCACUGUCAGUCCAUAUGGUCAAACAACCAAGUUGUUCAGCACACCUGUCCACAACAGCCUGCUCUUUAAGGACAACAAGAUUCAGUGGGAGGCAAACGUCUUCAAGAGCCAACGUGAAUGCUCAAACCGAGGUCUGAGGUGCGAGUCGUUCCCUGUGGCAAGGCUGUUUCCCCAAAACCAGCUCACCCAGCAGAGCAACAUCCUCUUUCGUAACCGGCUCCUGUUGGUCUGCCAAGGCAAGUACAUCUGUCAGGUUCAGGACUUCAAAGUCAACCUGGCUUAUAUCGCUGUGAAUGAGACCCAGGUCUCUGCCUAUCCCUGUCCUGAUGACCAGUACACCACCUACCAAUUUGUAGUGAGACCACAGUAUGUCUGAUCCAGAAUCAGAGCCAGGCUUAAUAGUCCUCACAUUUGAUCAAUUUGUCUGCCUAUUAUUCAAUAGAUUGCAAUGAUACCACAAGAUUAUUCAUGUGAGUUUUCUUUUUUCAUUAAUCUCUUGUUGAUUAGCUACACAUGUAUCACCUGGUUGGCUGUGCUUUAAUUCAUAUCAAGCAAAUAAAUAAAGAGUGAUUUCUA